AAAUAUCGAAUGGCAUUUUUUUGCUCAAUGACCUCUUCUAUGAAUCUUCAGUGAUCAGUCAUUAAUUAGUCGGCGUUGACUGGCGAAACUUGUCCAGUUGGAUGAGUUGUGCUGUGAAGUUUUUUGCAAUAGUGAAAAGGACAAUUUUUGGGUAUUCAUUUAGGGUUACCAAGAUUAUGUAAAUCUUUAGUUUACUUACAUUUAAUGGUAUAAGAUUGAGGCUUAUAAAAUAAUAUGAGAAAAAAAGCGAUAAAACUAUAACAUUAGUUGAAGUGUAACAUAGAUUGUAGUGUGUUGUGAUUUAGUUGUUAACAGAGUAUAAAUACGGAAGGCCAUGGCGUUAUCAGUAUUUGGAAUAUGUGACUACCUUAUAAUGGUAGCGACUAUGAUCGCUUCUGUGGCCAUUGGAGUCUAUUUCCGAUUUAGUGGAGGAAAACAGAAAACAAACGAGGAAUACCUCUUAGCUGAUAGAAACAUGUCGAUAUUACCGGUCGCGGUUUCAUUGAUGGCCUCAUUCAUGUCGGCGAUCACUCUUCUCGGAGUGUCGGCAGAAAACUACUAUUUCGGCAUGCAAUUCGUUAUCAUAAAUAUAGCCUACUUCUUAGCAACUCCGAUAGCUAGUAGAUUAUAUCUACCCGUGUUCUUUGGCCUUCAAAAAACAAGUACCUAUGAGUACUUAGAACUGAGAUUUGGGUCUCAAAUACGUAUGCUGGCGUCUCUGACGUACACUUUACAAAUGUUAUUGUACAAUGGCAUAGUGCUUUAUGCUCCAGCUAUUGUAUUAGAAUCUGUGACUGGUUUAGACAGGAUAAUAUCGAUACUAGUUGUAGGCUUAGCUUGUACGUUUUACUCGACUUUAGGAGGGAUGAAGGCCGUAUUAUUUACUGAUUUACUGCAGUCUUUGCUGAUGUUUGCCGCUGUGUUGAGUGUGGUGGUAUUUAGCGCAGUCCAAGUCGGUGGUUUCGGACAAAUAUUUGUUCGUGCCCGGGAAGGUGGACGAUUAGACUUUUCCAAUUUCAGUGUAGAUCCUACCCAGAGGCACACCUGGUGGUCACUCAUUAUUGGAGGAAUGAUAACUUACUUAUCACUGUAUGCUGUCAAUCAUACUCAGGUACAACGUCUGUUAACAGUGAGCACGUUGGACCGAUCCCAGCAGUGCCUCUGGUGGAAUUUGCCCGUGAUGUCUGCUCUCAGUAUCAUUACAUGCAUCAGUGGAUUAGGCAUCUAUGCCGUCUACAAAGACUGUGAUCCGUUGACUUAUCACGGAAUUACUGCUAUUGACCAACUGAUGCCUUACUACGUGGUACAAAUGAUGAAGUCAGCUCCCGGUCUUCUAGGACUAUUCAUCGCUGGUAUAUUCAGUGCUUCCCUCUCCACGAUAUCAGCGGCUUGUAAUGCACUGGCCGCAGUUACUCUAACUGAUUACGUCAACAGAUGGUUCUUAAUACCUUCAUCCUAUAUACCCUGGAUGACAAAGCUAGCAGCCUGUACUUAUGGAUUUCUAUUCCUCGGCCUUGCUUUCUUGGCUGAACAUUUAGGAGGGGUAUUGCAAGCAGCUUUGACUAUCUUUGGAGCUGUUGGGGGCCCAUUGUUCGGAGUUUUUACUUUAGGCAUGUUUACUACUUUUGCUAAUGAGAGGGGCGCAUUCGUCGCUCUAUUAACUGGCAUGGCGCUUACUCUAUGGAUGAGUUUCGGCGGACCGCGACCGACGCCUGUGAAACUGCCGCUAAGCAUAGACGGAUGCGGUUUUAAUGUCACCAAUCCACUACCGGCCGUGUCGACGAACUUCAGUGACUACUUUUACCCGUACAGAAUAUCGUACAUGUGGACCAGUCCGAUUGGAUUCGUCUGGGUGUUAGCUGUUGGGACAGCGAUAUCUUUAGUGUGGCGUCAGCAACAACCAUGGGAACGCGACGGAAAACCCAACCCUGACCCUGCGCUCUUCACUCCGCCCCUUGCCAAGCUACUUAGAAAGAAAUAUGGUGACAAGCCUCCCGUACAGUGCGCAUUAUUGAAGGAAUCAUGUCAACAUAAUUAAUUUUUAAAAUUGAUAAGCGGCGAAACGGCUUUAUUAUGAAUUAGUAUUAAUUUAUAUCAGCUCUUUGGUUUCAAGUACAUUGACUUACAUAUUUUGAAGGCUGUCCCCUCGUCAAUGAACAUUAAAUUAACCUUUUUAUAAUUGAGUGACAUAGUGCAAUGAAUCUACAUUAAAAUUUGAUAUAGAUAUAAUAUAUAGAUGCUAAGUUUGUGACACAAUAUGUAUAAACAACACUCGUCUCGUUAUGGUGUCGUAAAUUUGAAUUAAUUAUGCUAUCAUAUGGAACGAGGUUUUGUGUUAAAAUAGGGGGGGCCAUGUGCUUAAUCUUGUGUCUGAUUUAUUAAAUAAAUCUCCCUCAGUACUUUAAGCAGAUAAUGUUAUUAAUUCGCUUUAGGUGAAAGUGGAUACAGUUAACUACUACAAGUAAUAUGUUUAAAUUAAAUUAUUUAAUAUAAAAAUUUACAUGUCUACGCCACAGUUGUCCGUUCUGCCAUUUUAUUAAAUUAAUACGUGAAGCAAAAACUUUGUAUCCCUUUUUACGAAUAUUGCGCGGACGGAGGAGUAU